AUGGCAUCGUCGGAAGCGAUCCAGGUGAGUUCCCUGCCACUGCCCCCCAUGCAGUACAUCAACCACUACACGGACGAGAUGAUCCGGCGGGGGCGAACCCCCAGGCCGCCGCCUCCGAUUCAAGACACGUAUCAUAUGUUCGGCAAUGCCUUCAAUACCGAAGAGAGCAUAAUCAGGCCUUUGGAGAGUCAAGGAAUCAAACGUUUGUAUCCACUCCACUUUGAUAGACGAAGGGAGUUGAAAAAAUUAAAUCAGUCAUUGUUGGCCAAUUUCUUGGACUUGCUAGACCUACUUGUGAAUUGUCCCGACUCGCCAAAGCGGGCUGAGAAAGUCGAAGAUUUAAGUCUGUUAUUUAUUCACAUUCACCACUUGUUGAACGAAUUCCGGCCACAUCAGGCUAGGGAGACGCUUAGGGUCAUGAUGGAGUUGCAAAGGCGACAAAGGAUUGAGACCGCCAAUAGGUUCCAGAAGCAUUUAGACAAAGUUAUGGAAAUUUUGCAACAAGCGAUUCAAAACCUGCCUGAACCCAUGGAAGUUGACUCAAAGUUGCUCGUAGAAACCGAACUUUUAGUAAACCAAGAGAAGGCUUCAAAGGAGGACAACAAAUCAGACCCGUGCUUUAUUUUGGAUAGGAUUAUGUGCAAGAUUGUGGAUGAUAUGCAAUAAAGUUAGUUUUCCAAA